UUGUGUUACUUUGUGGCCGCUUUCCAAGACCUGCCCUUAAUUUUACACUAAACGCCCUCCCACAACUCCACUCUAUUCUACUCUCUCUCCGUUUUAUUCGCCCCGCGCGCCCGCCUCUCGCUCACUCCACUGUCAUUUUGAAGCCUGAGCUCCAUGUGGCGGCUCCGCCGGCGCGUUCGCGGAGCGCAGAGAUAAGAGUGGAGGGGCUGCACGAGACCACGAGCGGCGUCACGUACUAAUUACAAGGGCAGAACAUUAAGUACUCUGGAUGUGAGACGAGGCACGCGCUGGUGAAUUUGGAGAAAUAGACGCGUGUUGGAAAUUUCAACGGGUCGAGGGAUCAAAAAAAAAGGAGCGCGAGCAUAUUUUGGGUACAUGUUGCCUACAUGUCCCCUCCUCUGUGUCGCAACCCUCUGCAGCAGCUCUGCCGCUCGACAGCAGCCUCACAUACGGCUCUGAUGAAAUAGGUGACUUCUGGCGGCGAUUGGUGAGAGGUCCUGGUUGAUGCCCACGUGCAGAAAUGACCACAGAUCAGGAUUUGCCAAUGGAUGCCCAGUCAGCCACAGCCUUGUUUGCUGCCAAGGGCGUUGAUGUCACGCGCAAUAAGGACCAGGGCGUCCUCAAGGUUGUGAAGCGUCCAGGAGUAGAUGGAGACCGACCAAUGAUUGGCGACAGGGUGACCGUCCACUACACCGGGAAGCUGCUCAGCGGGAAGACGUUCGACUGCAGCCGGGACCGCAAAGAACCUUUUUGCUUCAACGUGGGCAAAGGGCAGGUGCUGAAGGCCUGGGACAUCGGCGUGCUGUCCAUGCAGAGAGGGGAGGUUUGCACGUUUCUGUGUAAACCCGACUACGCCUACGGAGCAGCCGGAAACCCGGACAAAAUACCUCCCAGUUCCUCAGUGGUGUUUGAGAUGGAGCUGCUCAAGUUCGAAGGAGAGGCGCUCUCGGACGACGGCGGCAUCGUCAGAAGGAUCAAGGUCAAGGGCGACGGCUACUCCAACCCCAACGAGGGGGCAGCUGUGGAGGUGCACCUGGAGGGGAGCUGCGGCGGGCGCCUGUUCGACUGCAGGGACGUCGGCUUCAUCGUCGGGGAGAGCGAAGACAAAGGCGUUCCUCUGGGGGUGGACCGAGCGAUGGACAAGAUGCAGAAGGGAGAGAGCUGUGUGCUUUACCUAAAACCAAAGUACGCGUUCGGGAGCGAAGGGAACCAGGAGUACAAAGUCGGACCAGACAGAGAGGUCGUGUACGAAGUGACCCUCAAAGACUUCCAGCGGGCUAAAGAAUCGUGGGAAAUGGACUUGAAUGAGAAGCUGGAUUCUGCAGCUGGAGUGAAACACAAAGGGAAUCAGUAUUUCAAGGCAGGACGUUUCUACCAGGCAGUGGUCCAGUACCAGCGCAUCAUCACCUGGUUGGAGAUGGAGUGUGGUUCCGGCCCGGAGCAGCAGCAGAAGAUAAGGGAUUUUGUUGUGACUACCCACCUCAACCUAGCGCUGUGUUUCCUGAGGCUUAAAGAGUUUUCACAAGUCGUGGAGAACUGCAAUAAGGUGAUCGAGCUGGAUCAGCGCAACGAGAAGGCUCUGUACCGCCGCGGGGAGGCGCGGCUGCUGCGCAACGAGUUCAGCCUGGCCAUGGAGGACUUUCAGCAGGUGAUUCAGGUCAAGCCCUCCAAUCGGGCGGCUCGCGAGCAAAUUUCCAUCUGCCAGAGCAAGAUUAAGGAGCAUCACGAGCAGGACAAGAAGACCUACGCCAACAUGUUCCAGAAAUUCGCGGAGCAGGAUGCCAAGCCUGUCCAGGCGAGGAGGCGGCGGGACGAGAGCGUGAGGAGCAGCCUGAACGGGGAGGUGGGCACCAAGCGGCGCCGGAGGAGCCGCGACUGUCCGUCGUAACGGUGACAUUUGAAAGGAAGCUUUCCAAGCCCACGGACAAGAGGCAGCGUCCAAGCUGAAGAAAGGCCUCCAGUCCGGACCUCUUUACCCCAAACCCCAGCGUUACCAUUCCCGCAUACAAAACAGUUGGAGCAGGGAUGUUUGCGAGCCAAACAGCAUUUCCCCUGUUACUGAACUGCACGACUGCCAGGACGAACCUCGCAGCUGAUCGAGUACUGUAGAACCCGUGAACUGAACACUUCUUAUUUUUAAAAGUCCACUUUCCUUGACGUUCGGCCACAGCGCAGAGUUGAGCAUCAGGUUCCAAAGCCGCAGCCCCGACGCGCCGCUGGUAAUAAACCUUUUUUCUGGGCAGCUUCAUGUGCACAUCACACCGUGCUGCGAUAGGCGCAUGCUUUGUGCUGGCGUGGGGGUCUGCCACUGUGUAGUUCCUACAGCCUGCAUGCAUGUAUCACAAGGUGUUUGGGAUUCAGACUUGAAACUUGAAGCUGUUUUAGAUCAUUCGAAAUGUGCAAUAUGCGCAUUGGACACAAGGUGAAACAAGCUGCGUGAGUCCAGCGAUAACAAAACAAUCGAGACAAGCAAAUUUCUCCUCAAAUGGUGGUUGGUAAUGAAUUAUUAUAAUUAAGUCAAUGUUGGGAAUUGCAGAGACAUUUAAAUAAUAAAUCGAGGACAGGGUUAGUGUUAAAGAUGUGAGAGAUUGAAUGCUGAGAUUGGAAAAUAGACUGUGAUUCUGUCACAACUGAGCAUAUUUGGUGACCUACGAAGCCAAAUCCCAUUUUAACUGUGCUGUCAAGAGAUUAUUUAGUUCUGGGCGGAGGUGGGUUAAUAGUCGUGCACUAAAAUAAUUUAUUCAUGAAUGCAUGCAUGUUAGAUCAUUGAUAAUUAGUUGGCAUCUUAUCUGAUAGAAACACAAGGCAGUAUAUAUAGUUUUAACGAGAGUCCAGUGUAGCUGAACGAGUACAAGCAAAUAAGUGGCGAUGAGAAGGUGACGUCAUCCUUUUAAUGGACUGAUAUUAACGUUGUUAGCCAGUGGCAGCUGCAAAAAAAAAAAAAAAACACAACAAAA